AAAAAUCACUGCACACAAACAGGCCCGUGAGAGGUACUUUUGGACAUUGGUUAAUAAUACUCUUUGUAAUUGCUAAGUAAAUAUUUAAACUGAUAAGUAUGACGAGUGAGGGUAGCGUAUAAACACGAGUUAUAAUCGAUUUGAGAUUUCACAUGGGUUUAGCCAAUCCCUUGUGUAUUUGCGAUGGAAAAGUGGCACUGUUAUCACUAAAUGUUAGAAUAAUUUCAUGACACUGCAGUCAAAAAUGCCCGAUAACGCGCUGAUAGUAAGGUUUGACACAAGACUGGAAAGUAUUUAGUCGAUUUACCAAAUAUUCCCUCUCAGUUCCAUUUCAUCCUCAAGUGACACGAGAUCACUCGCAUUGUCCACAAACUCUCUUUCUCUCAGUUCUCAAAUAAAAAAAGAAUCACAUUACUCUGUCCAACAAUGCUCCGUGCAAUCUUCAUUCUCGCUGUCCUGACCAUCGUCAUUUCGCCAAGUGCUUCGGAACUGGUGAGAUUUCAACAGUGCGAAGAGACAUCCCCUCAGCCGUGCACAAUUCACGCCGUGCGGAUAAAUCCCUGUCCGGAGGCGGAGAAUGACCAGCCGUGCAAGAUCAAGCGCGGCCGCUCGGCGUCCAUUGAGUUCGACUACGCCAUGGAGUUCCAGGCCACGGAGCUGGACAGCAGGAUGUACUGGAACAACGAGGGUGUGGAUCUGCCGCUGAUCGGCGUGGACACGAACGGAUGCAACAUGGUGUCCUGUCCAAUUGAGGCCAAUGCCAACAACACGUACGUGUGGACGCUGAAUGUGUCCAAGAAGUUUCCCAUUCGCGUGUUCGACAUCAAGGUGAAGAUCAAGAACCAGGACAACAACUUCUGCUGCUUCCUCACGAAGAUCCGACUGACAAAGUGACGAUCUCACAUCAGGAAAUCUCGAGAAGCUCUCUCUGUCUGACAAUAAAUCCCAAUGCGUUUUUUUUGUGUUUUAAUUGAACUUUUAUUUCCACUGCUUUCACUUGGCAAUAAAUAUACGCUGAAAGCCUUUUACAUUGAUAGACAAAGAAAUUGAGUGGGAAAAAAGGGGCAGAAAAUCUCAAACAUGAUCACGAUAAACAU